CUUGUGUUUCUUCACCAGAAUUUUCUAGAUCCUUUGACUGGAACCAUCUGGGUAAUUGUCUCAAGCUUCUGUGUGAUUCCCACUGAGGUGGAACCAGGUAGGAGGGGCUGUGUGGCGCGUGUGGUGCUGUGACUUCCUCUCUCUGAGCCUUGGACUUCUUGUCUGUGAAAUGGGAGUCUGCACUGACAGGAUGGUAGAGUUCGUUCUUUCUUCCAGCCCUGAAGGCCUAGGGUAUUUCACUGUUGGAGGUUCGGCAAAUAACAGCAUGGCAACUCGAGAGGAUGAAACGGGGCUUCUUCAAAGGUCCAGUGUUUGGACCCCGACUCGAAACUAGUGGAGGAGGGUAACAGGGACCUACUCCAUAGCAGGCCGGGCGAGCCUAGCACUGUGCUUGGCAUACAGCACGUGCUCAAUCAGUACUUGCCGGAUGACUGAAUGCCUCAUGUCAGCAUCAGGAUGCCACCCAGGCCCUGAGGAGCCAGGGAGAUGGGAGGAAAGCUUUUGGAGUCCUGCCAUGCCUUACAUUAGCAGCAUCUUCUCUGAGUCCUGGCAGCCAGCGCCCUGGGAUGCCAUUUGAGCCGGCUGAAUUCCGGUCACUGUUUCACCUUGGAAAGGCAGCCGUGGCCCCCACCAAGCAGCCCGGCAACUGACGUCACCAUUAAUGUUUAAUGUGGACUCCACUGCGGCAGAGCUGCAGGCUAGAGGAGCUGGA